CGGUCACUCGGGCUUAGUCGCUUGCCAACACUAUAAAAAAACUAAACGGGUAUAGCUGAAAAUUACAAUCGCAGGACACAAUUUUAUAGACGGCAAUGGAAUCGGAGACGAAAGCCAGCGGCGAGGAGAAGCAGCAGGAAGACCCCUCAGCAGUGCCCAUGGACACGCUGGACCCACCGCCACCGAGUAGCAGCUCCAAGACCCUCAAACGCUGCCUAAGUGUGCCCAUAAUCCGGACUCCGCCGACGGGGAAGUCGGGAAAGACCCCGAUGACCACACGCGCAGCCGCAGCGGCUGCUCUGGCGGCCAAGGAGCACGAGCAGACGCCCAAGAAGAGCCAACAGGUGCUGGAUAUCCAGAUGCCGAAUGUCGCAUCCAUCGAUUGCUUCGGCAAGAAUAUACACAUACGCUCGCAGCCCAAUUCCAGGGAGGUGUCCCCGGCUCCCGUAUUCAAUAUAUUCACCCCUCGAGCAAGGAGGUAUUCGGCCAGCUACAGUCCGUUGACCACUGCCGCCAAUGGGGCCACUCUUUGCCUAACUCCCCGGGUCUCCCAGCUGAGGCAAGAGGAGUGCGCAGACCUGAACAGUCGGGAGGUUAAUCAUGAGCGCGAAGUUCACCGGGAAAUACAGAUCUCCCAGAGCUGGGAGGACUUGACUCUGGUGGCCGAGAACUGGUCCUGCAAAUCGGACGAGCUCUCGAACCCCCUGCAGGUCAGCCUGCCACCCACGGGCACCACCAGUUGCUCCAGUCCCAGUCCCACGAACAAUCGCGCGGGCAUGAGACUACCAUAUUCCCCGUCGCCCACCAGGCGAACCUUUGCCACCAGGCGAUCGAUGUCGCCCAUUGCCAUGAGACCAUCUCAGCUGGGGCCCGUGAAGAGGAAGUUCGAGCUGGAUGAUAAUCCCACACAGGGCAGCAACUGGAGCGUUUACUCUCCUCCGCCAAUGAAGAAGAUCUUCACGGAAAGUCGCGGCUCUUCGCCGGUGUGUCAAUCGCCCUCGUCGGUUUGUCCCAGUCCUGAUUCCGGAACCUUUGAUGGCCGGAUUACGCCCAAGUUGUUCAUCUCGAAGCUGUGCACAAAUAACACGGUGAGCGGAAGUGGACUUAAUAACAAUAGCAGCAGCUCGGGAUGUCCGUCACCCGUUUCCGCAUCGCCCGGAGGCGUGGGCAGUGGGCCGAAUCUGGAGGCUGCCAUGUGCCUUGUCUCCGGCGGAAGCCAGAGCCAAAGUAUCGACGAGGGAAUCUCGAUACCCGAGUCGGAGUCGCACUCCUCCUGCCGCAGUCGCACCUCCUCCAUACUGUCCACCGCAUCCUCCAGCACUCAGGUGCUGGUCAAUGAUUUGGUGGACGAUGCCACUCUAAUGGACGAUGCCAAAAGCGAGACCUCCUCGAUCGGUGGAUGCUCCACCAUUAGCAUAGAGUCAUCCUCCUGCGACAGUGGUGCCAAAACAGCUGCCACUUUCCUGAAUCGCCUUGUGGUGGAUUCUGAUGGCGGGGGCUCGCCACUUGCUCAGAAGAGCUUCUACAUCAACAAGCAGGGAUUGUCGGGCGCCAAGAAGUUUGUCGUCAAUCAUGAAAGAACUGGAGCUAUCAGCAAGGAUGUGCCGCAAAAGCUUUAAGAAAUGCGUGGAAGCACGCGCAGUUUAGCUUAGCUUAGGGGUCGAUUUUAGGGAUGUUUAAGUAGUGGAACAAACUCAGGCGCCAAAAAUUAGUCUUUGGUUAAUUUUAAGUGAUUUGCUUUGAAUUCCUUGGGAACUGUAUAUACGUUAAAAAAGAAAUCCAUCAAAUAUCCAUGCCAGUUGUCUUCCAAGUCAAUCUUUAACCAAAAUAGCUAGAUUCUUUUAAAAAUGUAGAUUGUCAUCCAUCGUUUUUUAAAAUAUUUACAAGAGCUAAACGUAAAAACGUUGGAACAAAAUGGGAAUAUAAAUUACUAUUAAUAUUUUGAGUAUUUAUAUUCACAUUUAAUUAACAGAUAAAAUUCGAAGUUUUUGUUUUUCCUUAAGUAUUCAAAGCAAAGUUUCCUGGAAAAGACCAAAGAUAAAAUAGCGGUACUAUGAUUUUUGUAAGGAAAAUCGACCCAACAUACCCAAUCACACACACGCUUUAGUUGGGGGUCCUAAUCGAUCCCCUGACUUGCUAAAUACUAGGUCGUAGCUUUGUUGUACAUAGUUAAGUUGUUUGUCUGAAGUUCUACACCAUCUUGCAUAUCAUUUAUCGCAAAACCCACUCGCACUCUCUUUCACCCCUAGCAAACAAUCGUUUUUAAUAUGUUAGCCUAAGAUUUAGCCAGAGUUAUUUUCCCCCACCCUUUGUGUUAUAAUAUGUUCUUCAUUUCCAAUGUUUCGAUUUAACAAUAUUUUUUUACCUUAGUAAAAGUUAAUACGCCCGUAUAUUUA